UGUACCUAAGAACAGACAAGAUUUGAUGCUUAUAUUGCGGCUGCAAUUUCUUCGGAGCUGCCGUGCCGUGUUACAUUUCCCAUCCUCUCCUCUUCAUUAUAUAUUCAUACUUCGAUUUUACCCACGCAUACACUAAUAAAAUCGAAACAAUUUAAAACUCCAAAGAGCAUUCUUUACAAAUAGAUUUGCUCAUAGUGUAGAAAAUAGGGGGGGAAAUGGAGAUUGGCAAGAGAAAAAUACUUCUGUUUUGGUUCAUCAUAGGAAUUCAAAUUCAUGCCUCUCUGGAAUUCAAACUAGAUGGCCUCAACAGAGAUGAUUUUCCCGAAAAUUUUAUAUUUGGGGCAAGCACUUCUGCUUACCAGGUUGAAGGCGCAGUACAACUUGAUGGCCGUAAGCCUUGCAUUUGGGAUACUUAUACGCAUUCUGGGAAAAUGUCUGAUGGAAGCACAGGGGAUGUUACUGCAGAUCAAUACCACCAUUAUAAAGAGGACGUCCGUCUGAUGUUUAAAAUGGGAUUAGAUGCAUACAGAUUUUCCAUCUCAUGGUCUCGAUUAACGCCUGAUGGAAGGGGUGCCAUCAAUCCAAAGGGAUUGGAAUACUAUAAUAAUCUCAUCAAUGAACUCAUUCUCCAUGGUAUUCAACCGCAUGUUACCUUAUUCCACUUCGAUUUGCCCCAGAGCUUGGAAGAUGCCUAUGGAGGAUGGCUCAGUCCCAGAAUAGUAGAAGAUUUUAGAGCCUUUGCAGAAGUUUGCUUCAGAGAAUUUGGGGACAGAGUGAAGUACUGGACAACUUUCAACGAGCCAAAUGCAUUUCCCCCUUUAAGUUAUGACAUUGGUUGGUGGCCUCCGCAGCGCUGUUCUUAUCCAUUUGGAUUCGGCAACUGUAGUGCAGGAGAUUCUACGGAGGAACCAUAUCUUGUUGCUCAUCAUGUUUUGUUAUCUCAUGCUGAAGCUGUUGAACUCUACAGAGAAAAAUUUCAGGCCAAGCAAAAGGGUUUUAUCAGCUUGGUCAUUCUGGCGAUGUGGUAUGUGCCAUUGACAAACUCGUCCAAAGACAUAGCUGCAACUCAGAGGACAUUUGAUUUUCAAAAUGGGUGGUUCAUAGAUCCUCUUUUCUUUGGGGAUUAUCCUUCCAGCAUGAAGAAAAUUGUAGGCUCCAGGCUGCCCAAUUUUACCAAAGAACAAUCUAAAAAGCUAAAGGGAUCUUUUGAUUUCGUUGGGUUGAAUCAUUACGGCACUUCCUAUGUCUCCGAUUUACCUCGUCCGUGGGUUUCUACAGAAAGAGAUUUCAUGAGAGAUUUAAGCUCCAAGACGGCAGUAAUGCGAGACGAUGUCCCUAUUGGUAAGUUCGCACCAACUGGAAUUACAAUUGUUCCAUGGGGAUUCCAAGCAUUAUUGGAACAUUUCAAGCAACACUAUGGCAAUCCAGCUCUUAUAAUCUAUGAAAAUGGGUAUGGCACCAUAAACAACCAAUCUCUUCCACUCUCUGAGGCAUUAAAUGAUACGGGAAGGAUGGAGUAUCUCCAUGAUUAUCUUGAGAGUAUGCUCCUCGCCAUCAGGAAUGGAUCCAACACUCGAGGGUACUUCGUCUGGACAUUAAUGGACAAUUUUGAGUUUUUGUUUGGUUUUAAGAUUCGUUAUGGCCUCUUCUAUGUAGAUUUCAAAGAUAAAAAUUUGAAGAGAUAUCCAACUCAUUCUGCUCGCUGGUUUACCAAAUUUUUGAAAGGGAAGAAACAGAUUGAAUAUAUAUGGAGGAGAGGAGGAGGGCCCACUGAUGUGGAUCAAAUUGUUGCACCCUCUGAUUUUCUGUCCACUAUGAUUGGCCGUUCCCGACGUUUGCGCAGGAAGACGGAAGGCGGUGCAGUGCCGUGCAGUCAGGACAUGGGGGGCAUCCAUGGAGAAGGCAUGAAAAUAGGGGAAAAAAUGGAGAUUGGCAAGAGAGAAACACUUCUGUUUUGGUUCAUCAUAGGAAUUCAAAUUUAUGCCUCUCUGCAAUUCAAGCUAGACAGCCUCAACAGAGAUGAUUUUCCCGAAAAUUUUAUAUUUGGGGCAAGCACUUCUGCUUACCAGGUUGAAGGCGCAGCACAACUUGAUGGCCGUAAGCCUUGCAUUUGGGAUAUUUAUACGCAUUCUGGGAAAAUGUCUGAUGGAAGCACAGGGGAUGUUACUGCAGAUCAAUACCACCAUUAUAAAGAGGACGUCCGUCUGAUGUUUAAAAUGGGAUUAGAUGCAUACAGAUUUUCCAUCUCAUGGUCUCGAUUAAUGCCUGAUGGAAGGGGUGCCAUCAAUCCAAAGGGAUUGGAAUACUACAAUAAUCUCAUCAAUGAACUCAUUCUCCAUGGUAUUCAACCGCACGUUACCUUAUUCCACUUCGAUUUGCCCCAGAGCUUGGAAGAUGCCUAUGGAGGAUGGCUCAGUCCGAGAAUAGUAGAAGAUUUCAGAGCCUUUGCAGAAGUUUGUUUCAGAGAAUUUGGGGACAGAGUGAAGUACUGGACAACAUUCAACGAGCCAAAUGCAUUUACCCCUUUCAGUUAUGACAUUGGUUGGUGGCCUCCGCAACGCUGUUCUUAUCCAUUUGGAUUUGGCAACUGUAGCGCAGGAGAUUCUACGAAGGAACCAUAUAUUGUUGGUCAUCAUGUUUUGUUAUCUCAUGCUGAAGCAGUUAAACUAUACAGAGAAAAUUUUCAGGCCAAGCAAAAGGGUUUUAUCAGCUUGGUCAUUCUGGCGAUGUGGUUUGUGCCAUUGACAAACUCGUCCAAGGACAUAGCUGCAACUCAGAGGACAUUUGAUUUUCACAAUGGGUGGUUCAUAGAUCCCCUUUUCUUUGGAGACUAUCCUUCCAGUAUGAAGAAGAAUGUAGGCUCCAGGCUGCCCAAUUUCACCAAAGAACAAUCUAAAAAGCUAAAGGGAUCUUUUGAUUUCGUUGGGUUGAAUCAUUAUGGCACUUCCUAUGUUUCAGAUUCACCUAGCCAGUGGAUUGCUGCUGAAAGAGAUUAUAUGAGAGAUUCAAGCUCAAAGCAAACAGUAAUGCGAGACGAUGUCCCUAUUGGUAAGUUCGCACCAACUGGAAUUACAAUUGUUCCAUCGGGAUUCCAAGCAUUAUUGGAACAUUUCAAGCAACACUAUGGCAAUCCAGCUAUUAUAAUCUAUGAAAAUGGGUAUGGCACCAUAAACAACCAAUCUCUUCCACUCUCUGAGGCAUUAAAUGAUACGGGAAGGAUGGAGUAUCUCCAUGAUUAUCUUGAGAGUAUGCUCCUUGCCAUCAGGAAUGGAUCCAACACUCUAGGGUACUUCGUCUGGACAUUGAUGGACAAUUUUGAGUUUUUGUUUGGUUUUAAGAUUCGUUAUGGCCUCUUCUAUGUAGAUUUCAAAGAUAAAAAUUUGAAGAGAUAUCCAACUCUUUCUGCUCGCUGGUUUACCAAAUUUUUGAAAGGGAAGAAACAGAUUGAAUAUAUUUGGAGGAGAAGAGGAGGGCCCACUGAUGUGGAUCAAAUUGUUGCACCCUCUGAUUUUCUGUCCACUACUUAAUUUCAUGAUGCUCGCUACCCAUUUUAUUUUCCUUAUUGAAACGAAAUUUCUGAACAGGACACAAGUGCCUAGGAUUUUAAGGUUUGUGCCCUGUUUUCAGGGUUAUAUACAGUAUAAUUAGGUACAGAACUUCAACUCUGUUGUCAACUUUUAACACAAUGAAGUAGAAUUAUAAAAUGCAUGACUUUCGUCUCUAUUCUCAA